AUGCCCUUGCUGAUUCAUCUUAUAUCCGUCCAGGCUGGUGGGUUCAUAUAUCGCGGAGAUAUUCGCAUGCGACUGUGGUCCCGGAGAACACCGUCUUCGGCGGUUUCUUACAGGCCUUCGCAGGUAGCUUUCCGAGUGCUACGGUCAACUAGCCUAUAUGCUGGACAGGGUUGUCCGCUCUCGGCAAGUCCCAUUGGGCGCCGGCAUUCCCUGGCUUUGGACAGUGUAUUUGCUGGAAAGUAUGCAGUUUGGUGGACAAUAAGAGAUUUCAGAAGGAAGUGGGCUUGGCGUCAAAGGCAUGAUCGUGCACCUCCACUCCGAACCAGCCGCUUCCCGUUUGCAGGCAUGAACUCAGUGCAGCUGCAGUUCUGGCCCUCAGGAAAUCAGUCUGCUAAACCAGGGUUCGUUUCAUUUGCUGUAUCUAUUCCGGAAUGCUGGCGAGAUUUUCACUACCCCAUCAAUAUGUACGUGGCAGGACAUAAGAGAGGGCCAUUAUGUCUUCAUACAUCAGAAUACUUCAAGGUCGCUAACUGCUUCUGUCGUUUGCAAGACGUGCCGUUGGAUAAUGACCAGGUGACGGUUGGUUUUGAAGUCGCUCCUUGCCUCGAUACCAGCCGGCGAUGA